GGGUCCGGCACCAUGUCAGUCCUAUUUUAAACUGGUAAUGCAUAUUAGACAGAUAAGUAUAGGCCUAUCAAAAAUAACAUUUGCCCUUAAUGACAGGAUAGGAAAUAAGCUUUUUUCACCUCAGAUUGUUUUAACAAUAUUAUGGAGAAGUGGAAGAGGUCUUGUGAGACAUCGGACCUAAAUUCUGACACAGAACCCUCAAAGAGACAAUCAAAGAAAAACCCUCUGUACUCUUCGUCCAAAGACAUGUCGGACACAGCGCCUCCUCCACCUAAACCCAAAAUCAAGAAGGCUGCAAGGGCUCAGCCACCAGCACCAACUUCACCACCACCACCAGUCCUUUGGGAGAAAACAGCAAUGGCUCAGCUUGGAGCAGGCCAGGACAGGCCAAAUGAGGCGGACCACAAUCCUCCACCAAUGCCCUGUGAUGACUUACCUGCUGUCCUAAAUGUUGCCAUGGCUCCAUGGAGCAAUUGGACAGAUGAGGCUGCCCACCUCCUGCCCAUGCCCAGUGGUAAGCUCUGUGAAAACAACCAUUAGACUUCAAAGCUUUGGAAUAAAAUAAAAAAUGUCUUAGCAAAAUGAUUCAAGUUGUCAAACAAUGGACUUUUUCACCUUUGCGCUCUCCCCUUGAAAAUAAGGUGAAAGCUCAACAUGGCAGGGGAUGAAUUUCCACCCUAUUGCUCCAAGUAAUUCCAGAAUUUAUUUUAUGCUCACAAUAAUAACAAUGGCAAUAUUGAGUUAAUUUAUUUACAGCUCUACGUGAAAGCUCAAAUAACAUUAUAGUAAAUUAUGGUCUUAAAAACAGUAAUUUAACUGUCAGUAAAUGCAAACCCCACCCCCCACCUCCCAAGCUCUUCAGUCGUCAAGCGACACCAGGCGCAUAUCAUCUGGCCGCCUUGUGCCCGCCCAAUGCACUCGUAAGCUGUUAAACCAUACAACAAAUAUUAAAAAUAAUUGUGUAUGCUGUAUUGUGAACCACUAUGGACAACUUCGCCCACCUGGACGGGCAGCUGGCAGAUGCUGGGAGGAGGCAGAGAAUGGUAUAAUAUUAAAUUAGGCAGCAACACUCGAUUUAUGCUCACAUUUCUCUAUUUUCUAAGAUCUAGUCCCACUCAGAAUUGUGCCUAAUUUAUGUGUUUACAGAUUUCCAAGUUGUCACUGGCUGGGGGGCAAACAGUGCAAAAAAUCUGUUGCCGUAUAUGCACCAAGGUUUGCCCCCCAGCUAGCAGCACAGCUUAACUGGUGCGGCAGAAAAGGGAAAACAGGGAUACAUGGGACAAGCAUAUGUGCCUUAGUGACCGAUGGAUGAUUAUGUUCAAAAUAAACUGUUAGAAUGGGACCUGGGUGAUUUACUCUCUACAUUUGAAGCUGAGAAGAUUGACAAAGGAGCUUUACAUGUGCUGGAUGCCAGCUGUCUGGCCACACUGAUGUAAGAGGCAGAUAGCAUGCUGCAAUGUCAGGGAGUAUUUUGCACAUUUAAGAGUGGCCCACAAUGUGUACGCUUCCUCAAAUUACUUCCAGUGUGCCAAGGUUGUGUCAGAAUGGAUGGCGGAAUCCGUUAUAGUGCAUGGAUGUUAUGGUUUUGGUGUUUUGCCUUGUAUUUUGUUCCAUUUCUGUUGUCUUGUUUGUAGAUUUCUGUAUGUAUCCUGUUUUGUAUAUUUCUGUUGUGUAUAUUUCUGUUUACUUAGUUCCCUGUUCAUUGUGUAGGUUUCUGUUUACUCUGUUUUGACUGUGUUUUGUGUAU